AUGGAUCUUUACAUCAUUCCAGUGGCAUCCACCAUGCUAGCAUUAGUAAGCAUCAUAACAUGGCAUUGUCUGAAAUCAAAGAGUAGCCUACCUCUAAAUUGGCCUCUGCUAGGCAUGAUGCCAUCCCUGCUAUGGAACAUAACCAAUGUCUAUGACUAUGCAACCAAAGUAGUCAUAGAAAAUGGUGGCACCUUCAAAUUUAGAGGCCCUUGGAUAUCAAGGGAUCUCUUUGAGGUAGUCACCUCAAGUCCUCUUAAUCUAGAGCACAUUCUGAAGAAUGAUUUCCCCAAUUUCCCAAGGGGUCCCUAUUUCAAGGGUGUUUUCUUUGAAAUAUUUGGUGAUGGUUUGUUCACAGCAGACCAUGACUUAUGGAGGAGACAAAGAAAAGCAGUGGGAAUAGCCAUAAGCAGCAGCAGUUUCAGAGACAGGAAUAUAAUUUUGUUGCAAAAGUCACUGCAGGAAAAAAUCAUACCAGUUCUUCAAGAAGCAAAAGACAAGAAAUCAUUGUUUGAUCUGCAAGAUAUUUUUCUUAGAUUCAAUUUUGAUGUAAUCUGUAUGACCAUAUUGGGUAAAGAUCCCGGAUGUUUAAGCUCUGGUCCUCUUCUUGAUGUCCCAUUUGCCAUGGCCUUUGAUGAAGCUAUAGAAGCAUGCACUUAUAGGCUCAUUUUUCCUCCAUUUUUAUGGAGAUUUAUGAGAUUUUUGAAUGUAGGGUCUGAGAAAAAGCUGAGGAGAGCUCAAGCAGUGAUAUGUGAAUUUGCAUCAGAGAUGGUGAAGAGUAGAAUUGAGGAGCUCAAGUCAGGAGGAGAAACACUUCAAGGUGACAUUUUGUCAAGCUUUAUCAAGUUGGAGGAAGAAGAAGGGCGUUCCCCUCCUGAAAAAUUGCUGCAGGAUUUAACUAUGAGCAUGUUUCUUGCUGGUAGAGAUACUUCUGCUUUAUCUCUUUGCUGGUUCUUCUGGCUUCUGAGCAGGCACCCAAAUGUAGAGCAAAAGAUAAUCUCUGAAAUCACCCAGAUACUGAGCUCAAAACAGUUGAAUAACAACAACAACAAUAUUUCUUAUGAUAAGAUGGAUUUGUUUGGUUUAGAAGAAUUGAGAUGCAUGAACUAUUUGCAGGCAGCAGUAUCUGAAACCCUAAGGCUUUAUCCUCCUGUCCCCAUAAGUUACAGACAAGCUAUAGAAGACAGCAUUUUGCCUGAUGGAACACAUGUUAAGAAAGGCUCAAAGCUUCUGUAUUUUAUCUAUGCUACAAAUAGAAUGGAGAGCCUUUGGGGGAAGGAUGCCUUGGAAUUCAAGCCUGAAAGAUGGAUUGACAAAGAGGGAGUUUGUAUGAAAGAGUGGGAUUAUAAGUUUCCUGUGUUUAAUGCUGGUCCUAGGCUGUGCUUAGGAAGAGAUAUUGCUUAUGUCAACAUGAAGUUUAUGGCUGCAAAUAUUCUUUCUCGUUAUAAAGUGAAGGUUGAUCCUGGUCACAAGGUGAAGCCUAAGUUUGGACUUACUCUCUUCAUGAAACAUGGCCUCAAGGUUAGCUUGGAAUCAAGAGAUGGUAUUGUAUAA